CAGUUUAGUAAACCAUCCCAAAAAAGUUAUUUUUAGAAACCCAUCCAACAUGGCGACUUCCAGCACAGGCACACGACGCGCCUUAGAACUGAUUAGAAAUUUGCCUCGAGUAGGAUUAAAUAACAUCAGGGACAAUCCCGGUGCAAGGAAAAAGGCCAGAACCCGUGGUAGGGGACAAUAUAGAGGCAACUCCAGUGGGCACGGUAAAUCAGGGCAAGGAAUGAGAGGAACCAAACCGCGGAUUGGAUUCGAGGGCGGCCAAACACCAUUCUACCUGAGAAUACCCAAAUACCCCUACUACAAGGGCCAUCACUUAAAGCGAGAGUACCUGCCGGUUUCCUUGUCCAAGAUCCAGCAUCUGAUCGACGUUGGCAGAAUCGACCCCGACGAACCCAUCGACGUGACCUCCCUGGUCAAUGCUGGGGAGAUCAAUAUUGAUAUCUACAAGAAGCAGUAUGGCAUUCAUCUUACCGAAGAAGGAGCUGACACUUUCCAGGCCCAGCUAAACAUCGAAGUCCAGUGGGCGACGGAGCUCACCCUUGCAGCCAUCGAGCGAAACGGCGGCAUUAUCAGCCUAGGCUUCUACGAUCUCCAAAGCCUCGAUGCCCUGGCCCACCCUCUCCUCUACUUCAACAGAGGAAAGCCCAUUCCCAAACGGGCACUCCCGCCCAAGGACAUUGUGCCGUUCUACACCAGCGCCGAGAACCGCGGAUACUUGGCGGAUCCGCACGAGGUGCGGUCGGCCAGAGUCGCGCUGGCCGAAAAGUUUGGCUAUGCCCUUGCGGAUUUGACCUCCGACCCCAAGCGAGGCAUGCUGGGAAUGAGGAAGGACCCUAGACAGAUUUUUUUCGGCCUGCAGCCGGGUUGGAUCGUGAACCUGACCGACAGGACUGUUCUCAAACCUACCGAUGAGAAACUUGUGGAGUACUACAAGUUAUAGAGCCAAAAAAGAACAUAAACAAUACCAUUUAAUUUCAUUUAUUCUUGACCCUCCUACAUCCUUCAAAAUCCGUCAAGGCUUUUUGUAGGAUUUUGUAGGAUUGGGAAAGAUUUUCUUGGCUAAUUCCUUUUAACAGUUUCAAGUAUAAAGAAUGCGUAAUUUUUUCAAGUUACCUGGUUUUUUAGUGUUUCAGAUAUUUGAACACUUUGAAAGUUUGAAUGCUCCAUUGAGAUAACUUCCUUUUCUAUUUAGAAACACUGGAAACUCUCUAUAAAUGUCUUCAGCUCACUGCAGACAGCUUAUUUA